GCCCUGUGGAAGGGGAACGCGGUGGCGUGCCUGCGCCUCUGCCCCUGCAGCGCCGUGCAGCUCGCCGCCUACCGCAAGUUUGUGGUGCUGUUCAUGGAUGACCUGGGCCACAUUUCCCAGUGGAGCUCCAUCAUGGCUGGGAGUCUCGCAGGCAUGGUUUCCACCAUUGUGAUGUAUCCUACAGACCUCAUCAAAACACGGUUGAUUGUGCAGAACAUGCUGGAACCAUCCUACAGGGGGCUCCUCCAUGCUUUUUCUACUAUUUAUCAACAGGAAGGGUUCCUGGCCCUUUAUCGAGGGAUUUCCCUCACUGUUUUAGGUGCUCUCCCAUUCUCUGCUGGCUCCCUUCUCGUUUACAUGAACCUGGAGAAAAUCUGGAAUGGGCCCCGAGAUCAGUUCUCUCUCCUCCAGAACUUUGCCAAUGUCUGUCUGGCUGCUGCAGUGACACAGACUCUCUCCUUUCCGUUUGACACCAUGAAGAGAAAGAUGCAGGUGAGGAGUCAUGGGUGGAGGGAAUGCCUUGAAGUGUUUUUGGGUGUGUUACAACAGCAAAGAACAUGGACCCCAGGUGAUGCCAGGUUCUCAAGGAGCAUGUGA